AUGCCCCUCAUCUGGCGAUCCAAGGGGCUCUCCGAACACCAGGUCGGUAUAUUGGGGGCGAUUCGACCCGUGGCCUCCUUCUUCGUAACCCCGGUCAUGUGCGCGUUCGCGGACAGGCAUAGCAUUCACCAGCAGCGGUGGAGGCGUCUUGCUCCUUCUCGACCAGUCCCACCGGCAGCCUCAUCGACUCGUCCAUUAGGCAUGCCUUCGGAGGGGACGGAUACCGGCAAUCUUCGGCUGUGGGGUGCGAUUGGUUUCGGGAUCGCCUCGCUCAUCGGGGGCUACGUGUGCGACUCCUACGGCGGCAGCUACACCGGGGUCAUGAUCGUGUUCGUCGCGAAUGUCGCGGUGGCGAUGGCGGCGUCGACCGGCGUUCCCAUCGGGCGACGAGGGGGCGGAACCGCCACCCGAGACAAGCAGCUUGGCGGCGGCGGCGGCGGCGGCGGCGGCGGUAACGGCGUCGCUACGGGAGGAGACUUCGAGCUCGGCGAAAAGAGCACGGAGAGUCCCGUGUCUCCUCGGACCUCAUCCCGAGGCUGCGCUGUUGCUCGUGACAAGACGGAGGGAGAACCGGAGUGCGGCGGUCUCAUCGGAACUGCCGCCGUGACCCCAGCAGUGGCCACCGAUACCGCCGCCACCGCUGAUGAUAUUAAGCUCCAUCUCCGCGACGACGACGAGCCCGAAGGCAACGACGAAGCCCAAACGCACGCCGCCUUGCUGUCCCGCCCUAGGACGACCUCGGACAAGGACGGGGGCGGCGACAACAACGGCAGCAGCGGCCCCAGCAGAGGUGAUGGUGAGGGACCCGGGGCGAAGGCGAAAGAGCAGGAGGGUGUGCUCAUGGCCGUCCGGAUCAUGAUGUACACGGGAGAGAGCGCUUCCUUUUUCAUGGCAGUGGGGCUCAGCGGCAUGGGAGCGGGCGUGAUCGACACGUUUCUCUUCAUUAGGCUGGAAGAGCUCGGGGGUUCGCACGUGCUGUGCGGGCUCGCGCGUCUCAUCAUGUGCAUCGCGGAAGUGCCGUUCUUCUACCUCUCGGGGCCUCUCAUCAGGCGGGUCGGCGUACGGGGAGUGAUCGCCCUCACCCAGGUGGCCUACCUGACUCGCUUCAUCUACUAUUCGGUGCUACGAAAGCCGUGGUGGGUCCUCCCGGCCGAGGUGCUGCACGGCCUGACCUUCGCCGCAAUGUGGGCAGCCACCACCGAAUACGCGCACGGGAUCGCUCCAGCUCACUUGCGGACGACGAUUCAAGGAGUCGUGUCCGGGAUCCACUGGGGCCUGGGCUUCGGGCUCGGGGCGAUGCUGGGAGGGCUCCUGUACGCAGGCCUCGGUGCUUCUAGGUGCUUCGCCGUCAGCGCCGCUUUGCCUUCGCUGUCCCUGCUGUUGCUGGUCCUUCCCACGGCGAAACGGUGGAUCAGCGGCACCGACGCGCGCGACGGGCGACCGGGGGCAAAAGGUAUGCCACCUGGUAGCAGCCGACGGUGCUGGGGCGGCUGCUGCGGCGGUGGUGGCGAUGAUGGGCGCUCUUCGUACGAGCUCGUUGCGAAGUAA